AUGCUAUUGAAAACCUCAAAUAUCAAUAAAAUAUUUUUAAUUCUAACGCAAAUACCAUUUGCAUGCAGUUUAUCAGCAUCAAACGACACUGAUUCAAAUACCGAUAAUAAUAAUAAUGAGCCAGAUUUAGUUUACACGCUUCUUUUAGUUUCAUUGGUCAUCAUUAUCUGUAAUUUUAUUGGAUGUGCAUACAUUAUUUUACGUACAUAUCUAAGAUGGAGGAAACCUCGUUCAGUAAUUCCUAUGUCACUUAGAUUUCCAUAUUAUAUUGCUUUGACAGAUAUUCUCGUAUCAUUAGUUUCUUUAAUAAAUCACGGGCAUGGUGCAGCCUAUAGGGAGCCUCUAGAAUCUCCGGCUUGUGAAGUAAUUAGUCCAUUAUUAGUUUUUUCGACAAGUUUAACUGUACAUUUGAUUGCUGCUAUAUCAGUCACUACCUGGUUGAGAGUGGCUAGAGAAGUAUAUAUUGAUUUUGGAAAGUAUGAUUAUAAAUUAUGGGUACCAGUAUUUUCGAUGGCUAUUGUUAAUAUGUCAUUUUCAUUUCAUGGUACUUCAAAACAGAAAUAUUGGUGCGCACCUGAUGAAACUGAUUAUAGCAGUAAUAUUAAUAAUGAUAGUGGAGGUACAACAAUAAGCAAGAGUUUAUUAAAAGAUCAACUUGAAAGAAAAGUUUACAAAAAAGUUAUAACCUAUAUUUUAGUGUUUAUUUUACAAUAUACACCUGCUUUGAUCAAUAAAAUAGCAGACCUUUUGAAUCAUGAAUAUGAAUUUUUAUCUAUAAUUGCUCUAUUAGCGCUAAAUUUAGGUGUAUUUGGCAAUUUCUUUCAAUACAUAAUUAAUGAAGGAUUGUCAUUAACCAAUCAUUCAAAUAUAAGUCGGUAUGUGGCAAAAUGGAGGCCAGUCCCUAUAUCGGAAUCCAAAAAUGUAACGUCUGGACGCAUAUUCAUCAAGUAUUCAAAAAUCGCAACAUUUAGGGGCACAUCUUCGUCCAAAAAAUUGCAGGCAUAUGGUGUUCAAAACUUUAUGGCACCAAAAAUUGUGGCUAAUAAGGCAAACUUUGGAUCUCAAAAAAUUUAUGACACCAAUUAUGAAUUAAAUAUAAUUGAGAAUGAAUGA